UCUUCCUCUAAACAAUCCUCUCACGUACGUACGAAAUUAAAGAGCAAUACUUGAAACAAAGAAGAGGGAAAGAUAUAUACUGUAAAAAAUAGAGAGUAAUUAAACAAUGGCGACCAAUGGUACUGGUGGUCGAGUUGAGGAACCAGCACUUUUACCUUUGUUGGACACUACAUCUUCCACACACCAGCAUGAACUCGAUGAACCACUUCAUAAGCGAUAUUUGGUAGAAUCAAAGAAACUAUGGCACAUAGUCGGCCCAGCCAUCUUCAGCCGAAUAGCUAUGUAUUCCACGCUUGUCAUCACUCAAGCUCUUGCUGGCCAUCUUGGCGAUCUUGAAUUUGCAGCCACCUCCAUUGCCACCAGUCUCAUCCUUGGGUUCGACUUGGGCCUCGUGUUGGGGAUGGCAAGUGCGUUAGAAACGUUGUGUGGACAAGCAUAUGGAGCAAAAGACUAUCGAAUGUUAGGCGUAUAUCUACAACGUUCAUGGAUUGUACUUUUCCUAACUUCCGUCCUAAUUUUGCCCUUAUACAUAUUCGCCUCACCCGUACUAAAACUACUCGGACAACCCGCUGACAUAUCAGAACUUUCGGGCGUAGUGGCAAUAAACUUAAUACCACUUCAUUUUAGCCUAUGUUUUCAGUUCCCUAUACAAAGGUUUCUUCAAAGUCAACUUAAAACGUACGUUAUUGCAUGGGUAACCCUGGGGGCGUUGAUUUUUCAUUCCAUUAUGAGUUGGCUCGUUGUGUCGUGGUUUCAACUAGGACUCAUUGCGAUGAUUAUGACGUUGAAUAUUUCGUUGUGGUUGAUUGCGCUCGGUUUGUUUGCUUAUACUGCUUUUGGUGGUUGCCCGGAUACUUGGACUGGAUUCUCGAUGGAAGCCUUUUCUGGACUUUGGGCCUUUGUCAAACUCUCGACUUCUUCUGGUGUCAUGUUAUGUUUGGAGGAAUGGUACUACAGAAUAUUGAUAGUUAUGACAGGAAACUUGGAGAACAUAAAAAUUGCAGUCGAUGCUUUGUCCAUAUGCAUGUCAAUUCAAGGCCUCGAAAUGAUGAUCCCUUUUGGAUUUUGUGCUGGAAUCGGAGUUAGGGUUGCAAAUGAGUUAGGAGCAGGGAACGGAAAAGGGGCUAGAUUUGCGACGAUAGUUUCAGUUACCACAUCUAUAGUGAUAGGCCUCUUCUUCUGGCUCAUUAUAAUAUUAUUCCACAAGGAGAUAGCGUUAAUUUUUACUAAUAGUGAACCUAUCUUGGAUGUUGUAAGCGACCUUUCGCUUCUCUUGGCUUUUACAAUCCUUUUGAAUAGUGUUCAACCCGUUCUUUCAGGUGUUGCAGUUGGAUCUGGAUGGCAAUCUUAUGUGGCAUACAUUAACUUAGGCUGUUACUAUUUAAUAGGACUCCCAAUUGGAUUUGCUAUGGAAUGGAUUUUUAAUCUUGGAGUCAUGGGUAUUUGGGCUGGCAUGAUUUUUGGAGGAACUGCAAUUCAGACGGUUGUGUUGGCUAUCAUUACAAGUCGUUGCGAUUGGGAGAAAGAGGCUCAAAGAGCAAGUACGCAUGUAAAGAAAUGGGCGACUGUUCAUUGAAGGGAUAGUUGAUCAAAUCAGAGAACGAGUGAGAAAGGUCUUUUUAUGGUAUGAGAAUAUAUCCGAAAAUACUUAUGGUCAACUAAGGAUAGCAUAGCUGUGCUUGAUCACCAUUGUAGAAAGGUCUUGCUGUUUUUUUCUUUCGUAAGUACUUGCACUUAGACUUGAAUCCAACACUGUUACAAAUUCUUUAUGUUUCCUUUUAAGAUGGUUAUUCAAGAUACUCGUGCGCGCCACUAUUUCCUACAAAA